AGUUCACACCUAUGUUGAUUUCAUAUCAAGUCAUUUUUGUUUUCUUUUUCCCCGAUAUGAAUGUUAGAGGCAUCGGUGUUGCUGGUGAGAUGUUUGGCCUUUUGUUCUUCGUGCUGAUGGCGCACACCGCUUAUGGAGACGUGAGCUAUUCUUUUCCGGAGGAGAUGAAACGCGGAUUUGUGAUUGGAAAUAUAGCAAAGGAUCUCGGGCUCGAUGUGAACCGAUUGUCAUCUCGAAAAGCGCGGAUUGAUACUGAAGGUAACAGAAAACGAUACUGUGACAUUAAUCUGAAUACUGGAGAACUGAUCGUAGCGGAGAGAAUCGACAGAGAGGAGAUUAGCGGGAAGAAAGCUUCAUGCGUUAUUAAAAAUGAGUUUGUACUGGAAAAUCCUUUAGAGCUGCAUCACUUCAUUCUCAAUAUUGAGGACAUAAAUGACAAUUCACCUCAGUUCAAAGAAAGUGUUAUUAAAUUCGAAAUACGAGAAUCAGCAGGCAAAGGUUCAUCAUACUUACUAGAAGAGGCGUAUGAUGCGGAUAUUGGUCGGAAUGCAGUGCAGUCAUAUACACUUCAAAACAAUGAACACUUUAUUCUUAAUGUACUAACCAGGGCAAAUGGAAGAAAAUAUGGCCAACUCGUGCUGAAUAAAGAGUUGGAUCGUGAGGAGCAGACAGAGGUGACAUUAAUUCUCACUGCGGUAGACGGCGGGACUCCACCGAGAUCAGGUACUGUAGCCAUACACGUCACUGUGCUGGAUGCUAAUGAUAAUGCUCCAGUCUUUAGUCAGGCCGUCUAUAAAGUCAGACUGCCUGAAAAUUCUCCUCUAGAUACUUUAGUGGUGACAGUGAGUGCUACUGAUGCUGACGAGGGACAAAAUGGAGAAGUCACAUAUGCGUUUGGUCAUUUACCUCAAAAGGUCCAGCAAUUAUUUUUCAUCGAUUUAGUAUCUGGCGAGAUUAAAUUAACCGGGCUGAUUGAUUAUGAGAUAGAGAGUACAUUUGAACUUCCCAUUCAAGCUAAAGAUGGUCAAGGGUUAGCCAGUUACUCCACCGUAUUAAUAGAUGUUAUUGAUGUCAAUGAUAACGCCCCUAUAACAAUACUUAAAUCUCUCACCAGUCCCGUUCCUGAGAAUGCGUUACCCGGUACAGAGUUUGGCAUCAUUAAUGUGCAGGACAGAGACUCUGAGAAUAACGGACGGGUGCGCUGCUCCAUUCAGCAAAACGUCCCGUUUAAACUUGUACCUUCGCUUACAAUUAUGACGCAUACCUGA